GCGGACACGGCGCAGGCGCAGGCGGGAGGGAUCGCGGGCGAGGACGCGGCGCGCGAGAGAGAGAGAGCGCGCGAACGCGCGCGCGCGUCGAGGGACGACGCGAACGGUGGUGACGCUCGGAUCGGGGGGAUGUGGAUGCUGGACGGCGGCGUGGGGUCGGCGAUGGUGGAGAUGUGGAUGAUGGCGGUGCCGAAACGCAAGGUGACGCCGAGUCGACGGAAGAAGCGGAAUCAGUUUAAGCGAUUGCCGUUCGUCGAGAGCGUGGUGCGGUGCGCGGGGUGUGGGAAGGUGAAUCUGCCGCACGUGCGGUGCUGCGAUGUCGAGCGGGAGGACGCGAGGCGGGGCGGGCGAGGCGACGGCGACGCGCCUUGA